AUGGAGAUCCCGUUUCACCCCAUGAGAGCGCCAGUCCGGGCUACAGUCACUGCGCUUUCUUCACCCUCCCUCGUCCCCCCUUCCGCCUACUUUCACCCUGGCGGGUCUCAGGGACACCGCGGCCCUGUCCCCCCACCCUCCGGCGUUCCGGACUCAAACGCCGAGGGAACACGCCUGACUUUCCCGACGGAGAACGCCACCUACGCCCAGCUGGCAGGCUCCGCGUGCAGAGGCGCGCACGACAGGCCUCGGCAACUGAGAGGACGGAGCCGGCCUGCGUCUGCGUCUGGCGAGGGUCGGGGGACGGUCCUUCGCAGUGCGGCAUUCCCGCGAGCAAACUCUUACACCCCGCAGGCGCCAUCUCGGACCGUCUCACAGCCGGCGACCCAGCAGGGUGCAUCGCUGAUCUCGAAGCCAGCCGUUUCUGGGAACCUCUCACGGCGUUGCGUCGCCUGUUCUGGAGGGAAUCAAGAUGGACUACCUUCUGAUGCCUCGCGACGAGGCGCCGCGACGUCCGCAGUUUCCCAUCGCCCUGCGUCUGUCUCUCCUGAGCGCGCUAUCGCGUCGCCGGCUCCGAAAAGCGUCGCGUUUUGGGGGGCUGUGGAGGCCGGAGCUAGUGUCUGUACACUACCGGAAAGCAAUGUUGUGGACGUGGGGCCUGCUGCGCCCAGUUUUCAACACGACUUCACUUGCGGCAUCGAGCGAACCAUGCUGCCGCAUCUUGCACUGCCAAACAGCGACAUUUCCGCACGCGCGUUUUCCCCAGGACGCGAGAAGACAGGCCAAGAGGAGACAGCGCCUGGACGCCCUUGGGAAGCUCAAGAAGCGGUUCGGAACCGUGGCACUGGAGCGAAGGACCAUUUCGUGUCUCCUCAGAAGUGGAGGGUGCGUGACGAGCAGACAACCCGACCUCGGCAAGCAUCCGUCAGGACUGCGAGUGCUCCGUGGAGUGUCUCGACAGCUGGGAGAGGCACGAGUCUCGCCUCGAGCGCUUCGGACUUCCAGACUCCGUCGCAGGUUCUGUUGCCCCCGCCGUCGUCGCCCGUCCCUUCUCCGGGCACUGCCUGUACAACACCCGAGGAGGACGCACUCCGGGCCCUUCAACGCCAACAACAGCACGAUCUGUUUGAGGCUCUCCUCCACAGCCGGCAGGCGCGCCUUUCGGCUCCUGUCCCAGCCUGGACGGAUGCAAGGUUUCCUCAGCCACGCGACGAGGAAAUGCGUCCGCCUGGCUCGACGUUCUCUCCCGAGGCUGGCCCGAGAUGGGAAGACCCUGGGCCGGCCGCCUCCGGUGCCUCGAGGGGACAUGAGCUGGAGGGCGAGUUCCGGAAAACGGAAGGUACGGUGUAUGCGCAGACACCUGCCAUGGCAUUCGACGUUGCGGCGGAUCACGUCGUUUUUUAUCAACGCCAGGCAGAGCUUUUCCGCGCAAAGUACGAGGACGCCGAGAGACGGUGUGCGGAAAAAGAUGCGGCGUUGCAUGAACGCGAACUGAAGAUCCAGUUCCUCCAAGCACAAGUGGCGGGGCUGACGCAUCAGGUGGAAACUUUGCAACGCCCUGGCGGCGCCGAGGAGACGAGCGUCGCUGAGAAGCCGCAGCCGAGGCACGCCGGGGCAGGAGGCGAAGAAGCGGAAGGAGCGGUCGUCGUAUCGAAGGCCUUCCACGAGGCGCAGUUGGCGCUGGCACGCGAAGAGACGAAAAAACUCCGCGAGAAGAUCGCGGCUCUUCAGCAAGACGUCCGCCCCGCUCGCGCCGGCCCGACGCAACAACCGUCCGCGGGUUCUCCUCCCUCUCUUCAGGUCGACCAGACUCCGCCCGCAAAGACGGGGACAGAGCAGCGAGACGGGGAAGCAAGCGAGCUGCCGGAGAGGCGUCGGGAGGACGAGCUGAGACAGGAGUUGAGCGAGCGAAGCCGAGAACUCACGGAGAAGCUCCAGGCUGCGCACGCCGCGAAUGAAGCUCUGAGAGAAGAGCUUCUUCAGGCGCGACAGCAGAUCUCGCUGCUUCUCGCUUCGCCCGCCCCGUGUGCUGUCUCCCCGUCCCAGGCGGCCACGGGGCCGCCUGGCUACUCUCCCACACACGUUUCUUCGCGCCCGCUCGGCGCGCCCGGAGCCUCGGCGGAGCCCCCAGGAGAGCCCGCGGGGCCCGACGUGUCCCCGACUCUGCGCUUCUCCGGGCCGCACGCCGACCGGGCUCUCGGGGACUCUUCUCGACGUGCCGCCUCUCUCACAAAUCUGCCGAGCGCAGAAGGCCGGAAUUUGUUGGCGGAGAGCAGCCUCGGCGAGGACGAUCUCCUCUUCUCAAGGGCGAGUAGUUCGACUCGCGGAGGCAGGCCGCCCCACGACUUGGCGUUGCGGCGCGAGCUCGCCGUCAGGAAGCGCCUGAAUGCUCAGCGGAGACAGAGAUGCGUCGAACUGGAGCAGCAAGUCCACAUUCUGACGUCGUCGCUGGACGUGGCCCGCGAGAAAGCCCGGGUGGCCGAGAGCGUGGGGCUGAGUCUCUCGCAGCAGCUGCACAGACAGACGGAGGAGGCGCGGGUUCUCCAGCAUCGGAGCGAGGAGGCGGGGAAACUCCUUCGCGCAGCGCAGGCGCGACUGGAGGUGGGCGAGAGAUUCAUGGCCGCUCUCCGCAAGCAACGCGGAGAGUACAAAGCUCUCCACGAGCACCACACGGAGUGCCUGGAAGAGAACCGCCUUCUCCGUGCAAGCCUUGAACGCUUGGAGACUGAGCGCCUGGACCUGCUGGAGAAGACCGAGAAGGCGCGCACGGAGUUCCUCGCCCUCUUGGCGGAGAAGGGCCGCUGCGAGAAACGCGCCCAAGACGCCGUCAGUAAACUCGCGCAGCUGCAGAGGCAGCAGGAGAAGGGUACGCAGGCUCUCGAGGCGCAUGUACGGGACUUGGAGGACCGCCUCGCCAAGAAAGAGGAACAGGUUCGCUCUCUCCGCGGCGAGCUGGAAGCCGCCGUUGUGCGGGCCGAGGCGGCCGAGCGCGAAUACAGUCGUCUGCGGAGCGGCGGGGCUCUGACCGCUUCGGCACGAGACCCCAAGGCAGGCGCGGUUCCUGCCUUCGCGAGUGACGACGCCUCGACGGUUGCCGCCAGUGAAGACCCGAGCAAAGCUGCAGUCCAGGAAGCGCAGCUGAGCCUCGUCCUGCUCCUGGCAGAGGCCGCGCAGGCGUCUCUGCGCGAGUCCGUCGCGCGCGAAAACAAGCUGAGCAGCGACGUCGCGGAUCUCGAGAGACAGCUGGACAGAGCGCUCGCCACCGUGGACGCAGCAACCGAGGAGACAGAGGCGUUCUUCGCCGACCACGAAGCCGCCGGCGCGCUGUAUAUACAGCCCGCCUACACGGCAGGGGAGACGCUCUUCUGGACCAGUCAGCAGCUUCUCGACGUUCUGCAAAACCGCGCAAACUGGGCCGACCUUGCCAGAGGCCUGGAACAGAGAGAACUGGAACUCGAGGCCAGGCUCCUCUACGCACACCAACAGAACGACGGCCUCCACGACGAGUUCCUCGCUUUGAUGGAGCGAGAAGCAGGCGAAGCCGAGGAGGAAGCACUUGAGAACAAAGAGCUGUUCGAAGCCGAAUCUGCUGAACAGUCGCUGCACGGCGCCUCGUGGCGGCUGCGGAGCCUCGCGCUGGACCAGAAGAUGGAAGAAAGAGCCGCGUUUCCGAAGCUUCUGGAGCGCGAGACGUCUCGCGUCUCUGCAGCCCAGGAGGACAACUGGCGCCUGGAGCGCCGCGUCGAGGAGCUGGUGGCGGAGGGCGAGGCGCUAGCAGCGGCGCAUGCAGAAAGGACGGCCGAGAGAGACGCGGUGGCGAGCGAGCUCAGCGAUUUGAAGGUGACCGUACGCGACUUGGUGAACCGCCUACAGACUGCAGAGGCGAACGCGCGUCUCCUAGAGCGAGAACGAGAGAGCGCGUCCCACGUGUUCCUCGCGCCAGCCGAGAGUGUCUCUGUCCCCGCGCCGAGUCGAGAAGGUGAGAGCGACGUCGCCGCGCAACUCGAAAGGCUCAUCCGCGAAAGAGACGCGCUGCAAGAGAUGUGUGCCGAGCUCGCUCAGCGUCUCGAAGCGAUGACGAACGGCAUGGAGCGACAGCACCAGGAGUGGGAGGCAGAGCGCGAGGCGCAUCAGCGGAGUCUGGCGUCUAGAGGCCAUUCCGCGGACCCCAGCGACGAGCGGCUAGGGAAGGAGAACCGCGAACUGCAUGCGCGGUGGAAGAAGGCACUCGCGGACUGCGAGAGUCUCGCGCAGCAGAAAGCGGAACUGGAGACGAGACUGCAGGAUCUCUCGGAAAACUGCGCCGCUGCAGAGGCCGCCUGCCGCGACUUAGAGACGAAGUGGAAGACGGAGCAGACUUGGCGCUUGGCUGAGAAGAGAGAGAGAAGGCGGGUUGGAAGACGCGGGGGGCGAUCCCAGGACGAUGCGCGUUCCUCUCGAGAUGCGCCUUCUCUUGGGUCCUCUCUGUCUUCGUCGUUGUCGCUCUUCGGGGACGAAGAAAGCGAUCGGCCGCCGAGGAGAGCGUCUGUGGACUCGCCAGGCGAAACGCGAGAGGCGAACCUGCGGAGAGAGCUGGAGGCGACCGCCGAGAAGAAACGCGAAGCGGAGGAGAUAUGCAAAGAGCUCGGGAACCAGUUGGUGGUGUUGACUGGCCUGUUGGAAGCCGCGGCGACGGAAAAGGAAGAGCUUGUGGCCGCGCUGCGUGGCGCCGACGCGGUCGCCCGCGGAGAGAGCGAGGGCCUCUCCGAUGGCGAGGCGCUGGCGGAGAAGCUGAGGGCGAGGGAAGAUGAAGUUGCCGAGCUCGGCCGCGCGCUACUUGUCGAGAAGGAGGCGAAGGCGCAACUCGAAGAGCAACUCGCCGAGGCCAAGGCUAGAGAGGCUCGACAACAAACCGAGGAAGCGAGGCAGAGAGAGGAGAUGCGGCAAGCGGAGCGUGAAGAGGAGGCGCGGCGAGCAGAGCGUGAAGAGGAGGCGCGGCGAGCAGAGAUUGAAGAGGAGGCGCGGCGAGCAGAGAUUGAAGAGGAGGCGCGGCGAGCACAGAUUGAAGAGAAGGCGCGUCUCGCCGCUGACCUCGCAGCGACAGAGGCGGAGCUGCUUGCGACUCGCGAGAAAGUCCGCGAGUGCGAGGCCGCUCUGGCGGCUCUGGAAGAGGACAGGAAGGCGGCGGAGACCAGCCGCGUCGAAGAGAGGGACGCGGGGCUCCGCAGAGAGAUCGAGAAGGAGGAGACGCUGAAGAUGAGUGAGGAGGAGGUCCAGCAUUUGCGGGGGGAAGUGGCUGUGAACCGGGAGGAGAUGGAGAGUUUGCGAGAGCGUUUGGACCGGCAGGCGACUACCCAGGCGGCGCACGCGCGUCUCGAGGAGGAAAUCGAAGAGCUCCGGCGAGUUGUGAACUUCCAGGAAAUCGAGAACAAGAAGCUGCUCGAGACUGUGCGCGAGUGGGAAGAGAAGGAGGACGAGCACCAAGCAGCCAUGAAGGAAUUCGAGGGCAGCUACGUCGCCCUACAGAGGGAGGCAUUCGACGCGCGCGCACAGCUCCACCGGAUGAUUCGCGUCGUGGAGGAACACAAGGCUCGGCGUCUCCGCGUGUUACAAGAAAGGAAGAGGCGCGGAACGGGGAGCGAGGGCCAGGAAGAGCGGAACGAGACUGGCGAGGACGGAGACCAGGAAGCCCCAGUGGAGGAGACAGGAAGCGAGGCGACGCCCAGAAGAGAGGAGACAGAGGCGACGCCCAGAAGAGAGGAGACAGAGGCGACCCCCAGAGGAGUGGAGACAGAGGCGACGCCCGCGAGAGAGGCGGCGGUCUCGGCAGAAGAGCUACAGGCGGCAGAAGACUACGAGAUUCUCGUCGGACGCGUCGAGGAGUUGGAGCACGCGCAGGCCGAGCUCGAGGAACAGCGGCGAACGUUGACGAAGCAUCUGUAUCAGACGACAGAGAAGUUGCAAGAGCAGUGCCGCACGAGCUCCGAGCUCCGGGCGCGGUGCGAGGAACUCGCCGACGCCCUCGAGAUGGCGCGUACAUCCCAGCCGGACGAGGAGACAGGCUGCGUUCGGGGCGCGUCCGGCGCAGCGACCGCUGGCAACGAGGACUGCGCAGAGGCCUUGCAGCAGCGCCUCGCGAUUGCAGAGCAGGAGCUCGAGACGCUGCGGGCAGAGAAGGCGAGACUGCUCACGCUCCACGAGGAGGCGCUGCGGCAUGAGCAGGCGUUCGAGGCGGAGCUCGCGAAGGCCCGCAAGGCAGCGGAAGACGCUGCAGAAGUCCACAUUUCGGAGAUCCAGGAAUUCUACGAGAACCUCCAGGCGAAGAUGGAGCACGAGCACGCGGAGGCAGAGAACGCCCUCAUCACAGAGACGCAGAAGCUCCGGAGCGAGGUCGAGCGCCUGGAGGCGAGAACUCGCGAGGACCUCGAGAAGGCGAGAGAAGCAAAGGGCGAGCUGGAGCGGCUGCAUGAAGACGCGCUGCGGAGGCGCGAGGCUGCGCACGAGGAGGCGCUCGGGAAGGCGCGUCAGGAGGCCGAGGCUGCGGCGGAGAUGCGCAUUUCCGAGAUGCAAGAUUUCUACCAGAAGCUCCAGGAACACAUGACGCAGUCCCACGCGCAGGGGAAGAGCGAAUUCGUGGCGAGAAUCGCGUUUCUCGAGGCUGAGGUGGUGCGCUUGGAGUCGGAGCUGGCGGAUCUCCGCGACCCGCUGGCGGCGAAGGAGCGCGCGGCGGAACCAGGCUCGCUGCAUCUCGAAGUGAAAGAGCUCGAGACCGUGGCCGGUGAACCGGAGGCGCGAACUCCCAGAGCGGCGCGUGAGGGAGAGGAGGAAGGCUGUAGCUCCGAGGGUUUGGGCGACGCUGUCGGGGCCUUCGAGGACUUGGCGGUAUCGUCGCUGGAGCAGCCGUCUGCAUGCUCGCUGUCUUCCUCCUUCUCCUCGGUCCAGGAAUUCCCUGCUGAGCUCCCUGGGACACCCGGCGAGGAGACGCUCGCUGCGAACCUGCGACGGGAGGUGGAACAGCUGCAGAGCCAGUGUCGGGCCUUCACUGGUCGCGUGGCGGCGCUGGAGAAGGCGGCCGAGGACAGCAGAGAGGUGCUGAGCAAGACCGAAGAAGAAAAGAGGGAUGUCGAGGAGCGGCUGCGACAGACUGUGGCGCGCGUGAAAGACCAAGCUGACCGACUCGCCCGCGUCGCGCAGCAGUGCAGCGUGAAGGACCAGGAAAUCCAGGAGGCGCAGCGAAGGGAGACGCAACUCUGUCGCCAGAUCGAAGAGCAAGAGGAGAAGCAGAGAGAACAGAACGCCCGCCUGCUGCAACUGAACGAAGAGCGGCACGAGGCACUCCUCGCGAAGAAUGCAGCGGAGCAGCGACUGCUGUUGCAUCGCGAACAACUCGCUGGCGAGGAGCGCCGCCGCCAGUCCGCGGAGGCGCAUGCAGCGGAGCUUCUGGAGCGUUUGGAGGCCGUGCAGAGGAAGUUGCUGGACUGCGAGGACGAAAAGGUGCAAUUGGCGCUUUCGGAGGCUCGCCGCCGCGAAGAACUCGAGCGCUUGUGCUCGGAACGCGAGCGAGAAAGGGAGCGAGAGCGACAGGCAGAUCGCGAGAGGGAGGAGAAGCAGCAGCGGCGAGUCGAGAAUCUGGAGAGGGCGAAGCAAGAGAAGGAGGAGCGCGUUGGAGAACUGCUGCAGCGCCUCGAGGAUCAAGAGGAGCAGAAGAAGACUGUGGAGCGGCAGCAGGCGCAUCUGCGGCGGGAGCUCGCCGAGCAGAAGGCGAAGCUGGACGCCCGCGAGAAGGAGCUCCAGGAGCAGAAAGCAGGACACGAGGCGGCGAGGAAGGAGUACGCGGCUUCCCUGGAGAGGCAGGAGGCGCGCCAUCAGCAGUUCCUGCAUGCGCGCUUGGAGGAGGAGCGCAUGCGAGCGGAGGAGGACGUGAGGACGCUCCAGACCUUGCUGCAGGAGAAGCGCGAAGAGCAAAAGACAAUGGAGGAAAACUUCCGGCGACAGCUCGAGAGACAAGUCCAGGCGGCGCGUGAGUUGGAUGCGUCUCUGCAGGAGUGCGAGAACGAAGAAGAAGAGAGAGAAGAGAGACAUCGCGCGACGGCGCGGCAGCUCCAGACGCUCGUGGAGCGCUACAACGCCGCCUUAGAGGAGCUGACGGCAGUCGUCGGGGAGCGAGACAAGCUGCGGGAGAAGCUCGCCGAGCUGCAGGGCGAAGUGGCGGAAAUCCGGCGCGAGACACGAGAUCUGCAGGCGGCGCAUCUCGAGAAGGAAGAGCGAGAGAGGCAGCAGUGGGAGGCGGCAGAGAGUCUCCGGGGCGAGUUGGAGAAGAAAGUCGAGAGGCUGACGGAGGAGAGAGAGCGCGAGGCGAAGGAGGCAGAGGCGUGGCGCGACCGCGUUCUGGAGCGCGAGACGCGAGACCGAGACGAACUAGAGCGCAUGCAGCGGGAGGUCGACGCAGCCCGAGCCCAAGAAGCGAAGGAGCGGGCGCGUGAGCGGCAAGAGUGGGAAGAGCGGUGGAGAGAGCAGCAGGAGGCUGUCGCGGAGAAAGCCAGUCAGCUGCAGAGCUGCGAGGAGCGCCUGGCGCAGGUCGAAGAGGAGGCGCGGAGGCGAGAAGAGGCGUCCCAGAGGAGGGAAGAAGAGCGGGAGAAAGAGCGCGAGAAGCGGGUCCGGGAGUACGAAGGCGAGCUCCACGAACUGCAUCUCAGACUCCACCAGAGACGAAUCCAAGAAGAGGAGCGGCUCCACGACAUUCGAGAGAAGCAACGGGAAAUGGAACACGAACUCUUCGCGAUGCAACAGAAGCUCCAAGUGGAACAAAGACACCGGGAAGAAGCCGAGGCGGCCGCAGCUGCAGCAGCGCGCGCCCGAGUUCUCUGCGAGGGCCUCCUGGCCGAUGAGCGCGGCGCAGUCGAGAAUGCGCGCGAAGAACAGCGCGCGCUCGCCGAGCAGGUGAAGAGGCUCGAGAAGGAGAACGAGGAGAAGACCCGCCUGCUGCGAGACCAACACCUGGAGUUUUCACAGCAACUCGCAAGCACUACGGAGCAGAGCGAAGCGAAGAAGGCCCGCGUGCGAGAGAACGAAAACGCGCUCCGCGAAGAGCUUCAGAGCAUGCAGGAGCAGCUGCACCAAGAGAAGCGCGAAGUGGCGAAACUCCGAAAGGAACUUGUGGACACGACGGAGGCGCGCGCCGAUGCAAUCGAGCGCCAAGGGGAAGCGGAGAAGGCCAGAGACGAGGUCAGCCAGCAAGUGGCGAGACUGCAUGCAGAGGUUGACGACUUGGAGCGAAGUCUCCACAGCGUCCAGGCGCAGCUCGCAGAGGCGCAAGAGCAGGUGGAAGCCGAGCGCGCGCGAGGGCAGGCUGCGGAGGCCGCCCAGGCGCGUCUGGAGAGUUGCUUGCGGGAGUUGGAGGCGAAGGCGAGGGACGAGCGAGAGCGAGGCGAGGCGGCGCAGCGAGCUCAGGAGGAGGCGCUGCAGGCGGAGCGCGAGAGGUGCGAGGAAGAGCGGGAAGCACGAGAAAGAAGUGAUGAGCAGCGCCUGCGGCUGCUGGGAGACAUGGAACGCUGGGCAGAGGAGAAGCAGAGAAUGGAGGAGGAGGUCCAGGAACGCGAAGCGGAGCGCGAGCGACUGGAACACGAGUUGCAGGGGAGAGAAGAAGAGAUCUGCAGACUGCAGGAGGAGUGUCGCAGGCGGCGCGAAGAGACAGUUGGGGAGAUCGCAGCGACUCGGACGGAGCAGGAGGUUCUUCGUGGCGAGCUGAAGCGCCUACACGACCGGCUGGAGCAGGGCGCAGCGGAAGUGGCGACGCUGACGAAACAGUUGGGAGACGCCGAGAGCGAGAAGCGGCUCUUCCAAUUGCAAGUCGACGAGCAUCUCCAGCGGCUGGAGCAGCUCUGCGCGGAGAAGAGUCGGGCGGAGACCGAGCUGUCGCACGUGCAGAUGCAGUACCAAGCCGAGAGAGAGCGCCACGCGUCUCAGCGCGAGUUCUGGGAGAAGCUGGUCAACGAAAGUCAGCAGCGACAGCAGGAGCUGCGGGCGCUCGUGGGGGCCCGCGACGCGUCGCGGCAGACAGCUGAGGCAGAGUGGCGCGGCAAGACGGACAGCCUGCAGGCGGCUCUCGCGUCUGUCGAGGAGAAGGUGCGGGAGCGCGAGGGGUUCAUUGCGAGUCUGCAGCAGCAGCUGGCCGACGCGCGCGACUCGAUGAAUCGGAGCUGCAGCGCAGUGACGGAGUUGCAGGCGAAAGAGAGUCGGUACGAAGCGAAGAUUGCGCAGCUGCAAGAAGAGAGCGGAAGCAUCAAACGAGUGCUCGAGUCGGCGCUCGCGGACUGCCGCCGACAAGCGGAGGAGCACGAGCAAAUGCUCAGAGAGACUCUCGGCGAGACGCAGAACCAGGCGCAGAGCCUCCAGAGGCAGCUGGAACUCUCCCGCGCCGAGCUGACGGGGCGCGAGCGCGCGUGGCAGUCGGCCGAGCAGCAAAGUCGAGAGGAGACCAGCCAGCUGAGGAGUCGAUGCGGGGCUCUGGAGGCGGAGCUCCGCGCCCUCGAGACGCGCGCACAGGGUCUUGAGCAAGAGAACCGGAGUCUGCAGGCUCGGGAGGAGGCGACGCGGCAGGAGCUCGAGGGCGUUCUCCAGCGCGAAGCGGAAAUGCAGCGCCGGUUCCAGCAGACCUGGGCAGAGGCGCAUGUGUCGACGGAGGAGUUGCUGGUUCAGCUCCAGCGUGAAGAGCAGAAGAACCGCGUCGACCUGAGACUGGCCGAGCAACGCGUCCAGGAAAUGCAGCAAGUCCGCGAGCGAGAAGUGAUGGAGUGGUCCCGGGAGCGCACGCGGCUGCAGGCCGAGAGCGAGAAGCGCCAGCGCGACGCCGCGGAGUUGACCAAGCAACUCGCCGAAGCGCAGCUCGCCGCGGCGCUCGCCAAGGAAGAAGUGUGUCGGGCGCAAGACGAGCUCGCCGUUCUGAAGGUCAAAGACGAAGCUCUCCAGCGUCAGUUCCUCACCUUGGCAAGCAGCAGCGCAGGCGCUGCCCUCGGGCCGUUCCCGGGCGGCGGUCGCGAGCGAGGCGGAGACAGUGUCCAGGAGCGAAUGGAGGCGUCUCUCUCUUCGGCGCGCGCGCUGACGGAGCGGCGAUGUCGCGCUCUCGAGGCUGCGUUGAAGACGGCGUCGGAGUCGCGAGACCGAAACGCGCAGCACUGCGCCAGUCUGCGUCGCGAGCUCGCCGAGCUGUCCCGCGAGGUCCAGCGCGAGAAGGAAGAAGGCGAGAUCAAAGCGACCGAACUGGAGAGAGCGCAGCGACGGAUUGAGAAGCUGCUCGCCCUUCAGGAGGAGACCCGCGCGCAGGCGUCCGAGCUCCACAGACGGUGCCGCGAGUACCAAGCGAAGGUCGCGGAGAUGCUGGAGAAGCAACGCGAGGAAGAAUGCGGGGAAGCCCCUUGCGAAGCGCAGCGCGCCUCGGCUGAAGGCCCGAGCAGACGAGGAACCGGAGACCGCCAGUCGCCGCGGGACGGAGAUGUCCGGCCGUCCGACGAGGGCGCGUCGCUGCACGACUCCAGAGGCUCGGCGCUCGCUCGGCAGACCGUCGUGUUCCAGAAACAAACCGAGAUGCUCCAGGCGGUGAUUGAAGACCUCGGCCGGAAGCUGGAGAGUCAGCAGGAGCAGCAGCGGCUCAUCACGCACGGGCACCAGGUUGCGGGAGAAUCCGAGCGAGAGGCGAGAGAGCGCGAAGAGAGGCUCGAGAGUCGCAUCCGGCUUCUCGAGCAGCAGUGUCAAGACGGGGAGAUCGAGCGCGAGGCGCUGAGGGCGGAACUCCAGCGCGCAGAGGUCGGGUGUUUGGACGCGCAGAACCAGAAAGAAGAGGCAGAGAAGGAAGUGCGGCGCCUGCAGAUUCUCUCGGAGAGUCUCCAGCGCCGCCUCGACAAGAUGGAGGCCGAGAGAGAGGGCGAGGCGUCGACGAAGCGGAGCGAACGGGAACAGGAGGAGCGCGAACGACAGCUUGUCGAGGCGCUGCAAGAGCGCGACAUUCAGCAGCGGGUUCAGGAGAGCUACUUGGAGCGGAUCCGCAGCGCAGUCGACGAGUUGAAGACGGCACUGAAGCAGACUCGAAGAGAGAAGGACUCGCAUGCCCACCGCGUGCUUCUCCUGCGGCAGCAGAUCGAGGAGGCGACUGCGCUCCAGCGCGAGCGAGACAGCGCCUUUCAGCUGCUGCAGAGGGAAAUGGAGGAGACGCGAGAGCGCCACGACAAGCUCGAGACGGAUCUCGAGGCUGAGAAGGCAAAGAGGCAAAAGGUGGAGCUUCAGAAAGAGGACGUCGAGGCGACCUUCGUCCUGGACCGAGCUGCGCUGGAGGAGGAGUGCCGAGCUCUCCAGAGUUCCCUGGAAACGUUGCGCGGACGCCUCCAGGUGCACGAGGAGACCAAGCGGCUGCUGGAGGCCGAGGCGAAGCGGUGGGCCACGCAGUGUCAAGAGACGCAGGCGGCCCUGGGCGAGGAGAGAGAGAAGGGAGAGCAGCAGGAGAAGGCGCGGGGCGAGGAGCGGCUGAAGCUCCUCGGGCAGCUGGAGGACGAGCGCGAAGCCCGCUCGCGGCUCGAGCAGCGCGUCGCGGUCCUCGAGCAAGAGCGGCAGCGGGAGCAGGAGGAGCGCGAGAAGGAUAGAGAGAGACGGCGAGAAGAAGUCGAUCAGGUGAAGGCGCGAAUGGCCGAGAGUCGCACCGUGUGGGAAGACCGGUGCAAAGACUUGAACGAAGACCUCGUCCAAGUUCGGAGUCAGUGGAGAGAGACGCAAGUUCAUCUCGAGAAGGCGCUUCGCGGUGAGGAAGAAGAAGCGCGAAGGAGGGAGCGAGCAGAGAGAGAGAGAGACGCACAAGCGCGUCGCGCCCAGACGGCGGAGGCGGCUCUCGCGUGCCUCCAGGCCGAAAGGUCACCCGGAGAGGGCGAGGGAGAAGGCGGGAGGCUCUCGUCUCGCGGAGGGGACGAGCCGGGCUCUUCAGGAGAGACGCGGAACAUCCAGACUGCGUCAGGCAAGCGCGGGGCGGACGAAGCGGGAGAAGACGCGGAUCUCUCACCGGACCGUCGUGCUCCCGCUCUCUCCACUCCUCGGGACACUCUUCUCCAGGAGGAACUUAGCCACCUGAGAAAGACGCUGCAAACCGUGACGGACAGCCGAGACAGUCUUCAGAGCGAGUGUCUGCAUCUCCGGCAGGAGAGUCAGAUGUCCAAGGGCGAGCUCGACGGCGCGCGAAACAGGUGUCUCCAUUUAGAGGAGGAGAUGCGAACACUGAGUCAGGAGCUCCGGGACUGUCGGCGGGCACUCCGAGAAGCCGACAGCGAGAAGGUCACGCAGAUCGAGAAGCUCGAGAGGCUGCAGAGUGGACUGGAGAGGACGCGGCGCGAGCGGGAAGAGACACUCGACCGCGUCGUCGCUCUCGAGCGCGAACUGAGCCGUCUCCAAAGAGAGAAGGAAGAGAGCCUCCUCCGGCUGCAGACUGCCGAGCAGGAGAGAGAGAGUCUGGCCCUUUCCCUCGCGGCGUUGCGGGAGCGCGAGAGACACGCGCGGCGCGACCCUGGAGAAGACAGGGAGACGGAGGGGAGCGCAAGGAAGGCCUGGCAAGAAGAGAAGGCCGAGAGUCUCGUCUACCUGGAGACGCUGGAGAGGCAACUGAAGGCGACGGAGGCGUCCCUCGCACGCAUCCGAGAAGACCGAGACCGCGUUCAACGGGCGCGCCUCGCGGCCGAAGCGAAACUGGCCGCAGUUCUCGAGAGCGAGAGAAACAAAGCCCGAGAGAGAGACGGCGAGCCGCAGGGCGCCUCCUCCCUGGCGUCUUCGACUCGCGAAGGAAGGCGAGUCUCCGCUGGGGCAGUGGCUGCGCUGGAGUCGGAGGUUGCCCACGCCCAGCGGAUGCUCGAGCAGGCAAGAGAGAGAACGGAGGCCCUCGAAAGAGAACUCGCUGCGUCGUACAAGCAGCGCGAAACGGACGGCGAACGGGUCUCGCUUCUGCGAGCGCAGGUCGACGCGCACCGGAAAACCGUUGAAGAGGCGGAAGCGACAAGAGAGAAGCUCAUGAGCCGCCUCGAAGAAUGCUCGCGGCAAGAAGCCUUCGCGACGGCUGCCCUCGAGGCGGAGCGGAAACUCAACAACCGACUCAAGGAGCAGUGCCUGCAGAUGGAGAAAGAGCUGGAGGAGACAGGCCGGCGGCGACUGCGGUCGGAGGCGGACGCAGCAAAGGUCGGGGCCCGCCUCAGAGAGGUGGAGAACCUCCUCCACAAGGCGCGGGAACAGUUCCAGGUGCGGAGUGCGCAGGCGGAGCGGCUGCGCGACGAAUUGGAUCGGCAGGAAGAAGAAGUCCUCGCCCUCAAGGCGACGCGCGACGAACACCAACAAGUCGUCGAGAGCCUCGAGGGCCAACUGCAAGCCGCGCAGGCCCAGCUGGAGGAAGAGGAAGUGCGUCGGGAGAAGGCGCGCGCACUGCGGGAGAAAGAGAGAGAGCUCCGGGAGACAGAGAGAGCGUUGCAGGAGACGGCGAGGCAACUGGAAGAGAGGAAGAACGCAGAGGCGCGAGAAAAAGUCGCGCUCGUCAGGGAGAUGCACGAGGCAGAGAGAGAAAAGAGGGAUCUCGUGACGGCUCUGGAGGAGCGAGACAGCCGCAUGGAGCAUCUGGAGGCCGAGCUGCAAUCGACGCAGCGCGAACUGGCCGAGGCCAGAGAGCGAAGCAAGCGAGAGCGGGAGAUGUCGACGAAGGAGGUCGUCGAGAGAACUGCGCAGAAAGACGCAGAAUCGCUGCGGCUUCGACGAGACCUCGAACGCGUCGACGCGACUCUCAGAGCGGAGUUGGCCGAGCGAGAAGAACGCCUCCGCACGGCGGAGAGAGAGCGAGCGGCUCUGGAGCUGAAGAAGAAGGAGAGCGAAGAAGCACUCGCGCGUGUUCAGAGAGAAGUCGCCGAUCUGAGAGAGGCUCUCGAGGACGAACACGAGAGGUUGCGCUCCGGAGCCGAAGAGAGAGAACGGGCGGCGGCGAGACACCACGAAGAGGCGCUGCGGAAGCAACGAGAAGCGGCGGAGAAGGUACAGGGAGAAAACGAGUCUCUCAAGAACGCUCUCGAGACGCAGCGGUCUCAGUUGCGGGCGCUAGAGAAGAGGAGCCGGCAGCGAGACCAAGAGAGACAAGGCGUCGACGCCAGGAUCAGCUGCUUGCAGCAGGAAGUCGUGCGGCUGCAGGAGACUCACGCCGCGCAGGUGGUGAAGCUGCGAGAAGACGCCGAACGCUUGCACGGCGAGUUGGAAGAGAGCGAGAAACGGACAGCAUCUGCUCAGGACUUGGCAGUCGAACUCGAGAAGCGGCUCGCGGCAGCCGACACCAGGUGCCGGGCGUCGGAGGCGCGAGUGGAAAGCUCAGAACGUGCGCUGGAGAGUCUCCGGCGCCGGGACGAGCAGGGGAGAAGCCAGCUGGCGCGUGUGCGAGCGAUUCUCGAGGGACUCCUCGCCUUGCCGCUCCUUCCGCCGGGCGCCUCGUGCUCGUCUUUCGCGUCUCGAGAGCGCCAGGAAAGCGAGGAGGGCGCGUCGGCGAGUGCGGCUGGUGGAGGGGGAGACAGCGCACGAGAAGACGAUCUGUUGGUGCUCGUCGAGAAGCUGCGUCAGGAGCGACGCGACGCGGUCGGUGCGCUGCGCGAGCGGGAAGAAGAGAGCAGGCGCAGGCACGCGGCCUUGGCCCAGGAUCUGGAGGAAGAGCGCUGGCAAGUGAAGCAGCUGCAAGACUUGUUGAAGGAGGUCGAGGCGGCGCGCAAAGAGGCGCUCGAGCAGGAGACGUUUCAGGCGCGCGAACUAGACCGACUGCGCAGUGCGCUGGCCAAGGCGGCGGCUUCCUCAGAGGAGCGGGAGCGGGCGCAGGUUCGCCUCGAGGAGACGCUGGCGGCGGAAAGAAGGCGGCGACAGGAGCUCGGGGACGAGUUGCAGCGACAGCGGACCGCCGCGGGUGCACACCAGCGAGGCCGAGAAGAGGCGCUGCAGCUUGCGGAGGAAUGGCGCGCGCGGGAUCAGACGCUCCGGGAGAAGGAGGCGGAGUGUGUGGGUCUUCAGGAGAAGCUGCGGCGUCUCCGCGGAGAAGCAGCGGAGCUGCGAGAAGGGAAGCGUUCUCUGGAGCGGCGGGGCGACCGCCUCAGUGCGCAGAUACGCGCUGCCGAAGAAGAGAAGGCGCUGCUGGGUCAGGCGCUCGCCGCUGCCGCGAAGGAGCGACGGGACCUUGAGAGGAGGGCGCAGGGAAGUGAGACUCGCGCAGCGGAUCUCCAGGCUGAGUGUUUCGACCUGCGGAGACAGCUGGAGGAAGUGGUGGAGCAGCAGGCCGUCGCCCGCAGUCAGUCCCGCGCCGCCGACGAAGAGAGACAGCGCCUGGAGGAGACAGUCGCGGAAAUUGAGGGGCGGGCAGCGCGAGCGGAGGAAGUCGUCCAGCGGCUCGAGAGCGAGUUGGAAGGACUGAGGGGCGAGCGGCAGCGCCUCCAAGAGGAGAUCGGCCGAAAGGACUCAGCCGCGAGGGACCGCGAGCAGACGGUCACGGCUCAUGAAGCGAGUCUGGACCGCAUGCACGCUACCGAUAGGGAAGGACGCGAGAAACACCGGGAUCCAGGAAGCAGUGCGCAACUCGAACAGAGGCUGCAGAGGGCCGCAGAGGAAAGGGAGCGCCUCGAGCGGGCGCUGAGGGCCGAGGUUGCGGAGAGCGAGAAGAAGCAUGCAGGAGAGCGCGAAAAGCUGGUCCAGGAGAAUCUGGAGCUGAACGAGAGAGUUUCGUAUCUCCAAAAUCGGUGCGGCCACUUGGAGUCCGACCUGGCCGCGCUGCAGAGAACGGCGGAGUCUGUGCAAGCGGCUUUGGUCGAGCGGGAGAAAGCAGCACGACGCGACCAGGAGACGCCGCAGCCUGUCGAUCUCUCUGAGGAGCUGGAGUCAGCGAUCCGUGCACGCGAGAGACUCGAGCGGGAGGAGCGGCGGUUGAAGGCCCAGCUGGACGAAAGCCGGAAAGCGCUCGCCGUCCAAGAGCGGCGGCACCAGGACCAGGAAGAGGCGCUCGCGGCGCUGAAGAGCCGAGUCGAGGAAGUGCAGCAAACGCUGAGGAAGCGAGAAGAAGAGUUGGUAGUCGCCCUCGCCCGCUUGACGGGGAAAGAAAGCGAACUCGAGUGUGCAGAGAAAGAGAUCCAGGACUUGCAGAAGGCUGCUCAAAACGUCCAGGAGCGCCUCGACCUCCUCGAAGAGACCAAGCGGCAGCUGGAAGCGAAGAACAGUUCCCUUCAGAGACAAGUCGACCGGCAACAGCGGGAGCUCUCGGGCCUCACAGAGGACAUCGCGGCGACUCGCGGGAGGCCAGGGGAGGGCGAGCAGAGCGCAGGCGAGUCGCGCGAAGAGGGGAACGAGGCCCGAGAGCGCCAGCGACGCCGCGCGAGAGAGGAAGAGCUGGAAGAGGAGUUGAGGCGCCUGGAAGAGGCCUGCAAGGAGCUGCAGAGAGACAAGAGACAGCAAGAAGUGCUGCUCAAGGGGAAAACUCGCGAACUGGACGAGUUCCGCACUUCCUUCGAGAAAGAAGUGCGAGCCUUGCAAGACGACGCCGCACGCCUCCAGGCGAUGCGCGAGUCGCUCGAGGGACAACGGGAGGACGCUAGGCAGACGGUGAAGCAGAUGGAGGCGCGUAUUCGCGAGGCGAACCGAGAGAACCUCCUGCUUCAGCGCGCUCUGGAGCGAGCCGAAGAAGAAUGCAGCGCGCUGAAGAUGCGCGUGGAGAGGGAGCAGAGCGCGGCCUCCGUGGACUCGGCGCGAGAGAGGCAAAGACGCGAAGGAGCUGGCGACGUCGAGGCGCGAGGCGCGCCAGGGGCGGAGCAGGAAGCGGAGAGGACACAGGCCGUCCUUCUGCAGCGGAUCGAGAGUCUCGAGGCGAAGCUGCAGCAGGCGGAAAUCGAGGAGGGGGGACUCAAGCGCGAGCUCCAGGGCGCGACACGGAGGGCCGAAGAGCUUCAGCAUGCACUGGAACAGGGCGUGGAAAAAUUCGACGAGUUGGCGACGCGCAACGAGGAACUCAAACGGAAGUGGGCGGAAGACAGACGCAGCUGGGAAGCACGGCGAAGGCGCGAGGUUGAGGAGCACCAGAAGGAGUCUGCGCAGUUGAGGGAGGAAUGCAUGGCUCUCGAGAAAGAGAACCGCGUUUUUCAACAGGAGUUGGAUCGCCAGGCGGGAGACCUCAAAGCGCUCCACGAGAAAACGCUCCGGCUGGCAGACAGGAAUGCUCAUCUUCAAGCCGAACUGGCGACGCAGCAGGACGCCGCGAGCGCAGUCGCGCCUCUCGAGAAGGAAAUAAGUGCGUUGCAAGAAGAGCUGGAAAUGCGCGAAGAAGCUGCGCGAGGCGUGGAAGCGGACCUCGAAGUGUAUCGACUGAAAAACCGAGAACUUGAAACUGAGGUGGCCACGCUCUGGAAGCAGAUCGCCGAAGAGCGCGGGGAGAGAGAACAACUCGAGUCCGACAAUGUCAUGCUGGCUAGCCACCAAAAUCCCGAGCAGAAACUCAAAUACACUGAAGUGCUGAAGAGACAGCUCGCGUCCGAGCGAUCGGCGCGCCUGCGUCUUCAGAGGGACGCGAACCGCUUUCGCGUGGAGGCCUUCUCCCUCCGUCCGCUCCUGCGGCUGCUGGCGGGCGAGACAGUCGGCGAGGACCGGUGGCGAGAUCCGGGAAAGGGCGAAGGAAGAGAUAAAAAAAACACCCUCCAAAUGUCGCGCGCCGUACCCGAAACUUCUCUCGCUUCGUCCCUCAUGCUCGGGGCUAGCCAGAAUUCCGCCGCGGCUGUUCUCUCGGCGUCACGAAGAAUCCUCCGCUGCAGUCGACCAGGUUUGCGGCAGUCGCGCUCCGUCUCUGUGGGCCGGCGCGCGGCUGCUCCAGCAGCUCGGGCGCUCAGUCUCAGUGCGCGGUCGGAAAAACAGUCGGUUGCAGUGGCUGUUCGCGGGAGAGUUGGUGACGCCUUUCCAGUGUACAGACAGCUCCGCGUUCUGCACAGGAGUCUGAGUUUUGUGAUGAACGAAUUCAUCUCCCUUCUUGCUCUUCUUCAAGACGUUCUCAAGGACGAGCAUCUCCUCGAGCGUCUCCUCGGAAUCCUGCCCGUUUCCUCGACGUUUGUCGUCUCUCCCCUGCCGCCUCCCCGAGGCCAGCAAGAUCUCUCGCAUGCCAGUCGAGCAGACGCCGAGGAUCCCCCCGGUCUCUCUCUCUCUCAGCUGGACGAGGAGCGUCCGCCGGAGAUGCUCGAGGCGCGCCGGCGGUACUUUUUCACUUUAGUCUGCGACGUGAAGCAGCAACUCCGAGGGAAACUUCUGACCCACCCCGGCCAGUCUCCCGCCGCCCUAACUGCGUUGCCUGCCUUGCCCUCGCCGUCCUCUCUUCCUCCCCGAGAGCGUCGCCGGGGAGCAGCGGAGGAAGCGCCAAGAAACGACGUGUCGCUCGCCUCCCCGCUCCAGCGACAUCGCGCUGAUCCUGCCGUGCAGGGAGGCUCUCGCCGCCGCGAACAGUUUGAAUUUCCCCUCGCGACUCUCGAAGAAGGCGAGGCAGACGGUCAGCCAGGCGCCGCGCUUCCCGCCUCGCUCUCGCUGAGUCCCUUGAGUGAGACGUCCUUCACCCUGUCUUCUCGCGAGAACACAACGCAGCGCGUCCCUCGCGAGUCCAGGGGCCGAGGCGCGUCGCUUGUCUCCGGGUCGCUCUCUCGAGCGUCGCCGAGGCGCGAAGAUUCCGAGAACGAAACACGAGACGACGGAGAAAGACAAAGCGGCGGAACCGCGGGCAAGGGGAGACGUGCGUGGGACCCGCGCUCUUCGUUCUCCCUGUCGCCGUCCGCGUCGCCGGGAAACUCUCGGCACUUCUAUGACUCUCUGGUGGACGAAAAGAGAGCGGAGCGGUCCGAACCCUCGCCAGGGAGACCAUCCUUCCUCCACGGGAUUGCUCCGCCGCCUCGCGACCUUCCCAGCAGUGCACCAGAGAGGAAGGAAGACGACAGGCGGAACCUGGACGUCUCAAAGAACAGCAUCGCUGCCUCGCUCUUCUCGUCCUUUGCGUCUGUCUCCUCGUUCUUCGAGUCGCGAACCGGAGACAGCUGA